AUGUGUCCACUGGGAGCUGCUCAGUUGGAAGAUGUCCAAUAUAUCAAUAAUCCGCAAAGUCAAGGCCAGGGUGGUAUGUAUUCAAAUACAUAUAAACCUCAGUGGAGACAUCACCCUAACAUGUUGUGGUCGAAUAAUAAUCCAGCUGGUGUUCGAAACAUCCCACCUCCUGGUUUUCAACAGCGGCAGCCUCAACCAGAGAAGAAGCCCCAGCUGGAGGAGUUGAUUUUGGCUCAUAUGCAGAAAACAGACAAUAAUAUCAAGGGUCUUGAUCAAUUUGUCACUCAAAAGCUAGCCAUCAACAAUAAUAUGCAAUCAUCUAUGCUAGCUAUGGAGAGGCAAAUAGGCCAGAUGGCUCAAACUUUGGCAGAUAUUCAGGGUAGGAUUCCAGGGACUUUACCAGCAAAUACUGAGAGGAAUCCGAAGGACGCCAUGGUUGUAGCAGUCACAUUGAGGAGUGGGAAGGAGUUGGAGGAUCCAAAGAGCAAGAAAAAUCCAGUAGAAAAGGAGAGCAAAGCAGCUGCAGAGGAAUAA